UAAAAAUCACAUCUCACCGUAGUAUCCAAACGAAUUACAGUGUGUUUUUUUAAUCUUUUUCUCACCUCUUGAUGCAAACCGCGGCUCCACUGGAGGCUCGGUUGCGUCCAAAUAUAGCCUCAAAGCACAAUUUCACCUAAAGAAAAAAAAAAUGUCAAAGCAAAGUUUUCGUUUUUAACCAAUUUCACUCUCUGCAUAUAUUAGGGGUAUAACAGUCAUUUCAUCUUGCUCACUAUCACUGGUAGAUUCUUCCUCGUGCAGUGCAGAUGCGUGAUUAUCAGACUAGCAGUUACUUUAGGUUGUAUCCAUUUUUCUCUUGUAAUAACAAAGAACCUUCUUUUAGGACAUAAUUUCUCAAACUCCCAGAUCAGGUUUCCUACUUUUGUUAACUUGCAAACCCAGUUUCUUAACUUUUGGUAUUGUCAAAUAGGAAUUUUUGUUCUGAUGAUGCCAGUUCCUUCUCCUCCCCAUAUGGGUACUUUCCCUCACACUGAUAACACUUCUCACAUGGAUAGUCCUCCUCACAUACAUAUUCAACAAGAUCUCUUUCCAGAUUACUAUGGUGGACCAGCUUCCAUUCCAUCUGAGCAACAAGAAAAUUUUUUUGGGAAUGAUAUCCGUAAUGGAACUAGUGAUUGUCAUCCAGUAAUUAAAGAGGAAAAUAAUUUCCCUGCACCAGUUCCUCCUGGUAGUAGUGGGGAAGGAUUGCCUUAUGCUCCUAUAGAUUGGCCAAAUCCUGGUGAUAAUUGGAGCUGGAGAGUGGGGAAGAGGGUCAACAGCUCUGGCUUCUACAAGGAUAGAUUUCUCACUGUUCCAAAAAGUAUUCGAAUGCGAAAUAAUCCAAAACAGUUUGCAAGCAAGCCAACACUUGAACGUUUUCUCCAAUCACAUUUCCCAGAUUCAGAUAUUAAUGCGUUCUUUGCCUCAUUUAUUUGGCAGAUCCCUGGCAUUUUGGAAUCUCCUACCAAAGCACCAGAGAUUGGAAAGGAGGAUGUUAAAAAUGAAAUCAACAAAAAAACUCCCCGUAGCAGCCAGAGGAAGAGGACUGCCCUUUCCAAUACUCCCCAGACUCCCCAGACUCCCCAUUCCAGCAGGGGUAGAAAGAAGCAGAAGAUGACUGAUGGAUCAGGCAUAACUAAACGACAAACUCGGCACCGUCUUAAAGAUUCCAUCCCGGCCCCACCUGAAACUGAAGAUACAAAUGGCACUCUUGAUAUUUCUUUCUUAGAUGAUGAAACCACAAAAGAGGAAUUUGAUAACUACCUCAAUUCUUUGGAUGACAUUCUUGCUCAGCCUCUCUCGGAAGAACCAUUUUCCCUUCCAGCGAUGCAUAACUUUUUUGCCGCAGAAGAUGAAAUGGCUGAAGCUCGAAUGAAACUAUCUUCGUUUCUUGAUAUGGAUUUUCCUUCUUUGAUUUGCUUCAAAGACCUUGAUGAACUCACACGUCUAGCAUCUAAACUCCGUAAGGAUCCUGCUCUUAAUGCCGAACAACUUGUGAAGUUGAAGUUGAUUGAAGAGAUUCCAUCAUUUUGUGAGGUUUUCCUAGAGAAUAGGGAAGUGAUGGGGCAGGCAGACAAGUUCUUUACGGCCCUUGAGGUCAAUAAGGCCGAGGUUACUUCACUCAGGCAAGAGUAUACCGUGUUAAAAGAACAAGUGACGCAUCUGCAGUCAGAGGUAGAUUCCAACACAUUGAUUUUGCAAGAAAUCGACGAUCAGAUAGAGCAACUUAAAUCCCACCGCGCUGAACUUACUAGAAUCAUAGAUAAAAAGAAAAGAGACAAGGAUGAAUUGACUUACAAUCAAAAGUUGGUGGCCAACUCCAUUCCUAAAGUUGUACAUGAUGUUCAGCUUGCUAAUGCCAGAAAGCCAGAAUGGGAGCUAAAGAAGGAAAAUGCAGCAACGCGUGAGGCUGAAAUACUUGCUAAAUUUGCUCCUCUCAAAGGAUUUUCCCUUUAAAAUAAUUAUCUUCUGGAACCGUUUUUCUACUAUGGUACUAAUAUUAAAACACUAAGUUAUGGGACUAUGCCUUUAAUUUCUGUAACCAUAGCUGAGGCUGAUAGUCUCUUGUGCAUUUCUUUUUGCGUUUUGUGACAUUUUAAUAGCUUCAGCAAUUGGGUUGCCCUUGUAAUAUUCAGUGUGAAACUCAAUCUCAAACUCUUAAUUAUCAAGCCUUGACUACUUAAGGUCUAUCAAUGGAGCAUUUUGUAAAACAGUAACUCAAUGACUGUUUGUAUUUAAAUUGCUAAACUAAAAGGAA